AGAAAAUUUCAGCAUGCGCGGCGGACUGCGCGAUUUAUAAAAAUUGUAGCAAAUGUUGCUGGGCACAAAUCUAUAAUCGUAGUCAAGUAAAAAUGUCAACCGGCAUUAUAACCAGUGCAAAAAACAUGUUAGAACAGACGGAAGAUAAUAAAAAAGAUUCAACAGUAAAAAGUGAAAAUAAAAGUAAUUGUAGUGAUAAAAAUAAAAAUUGUAAUAGAGACGGAAAAAAUGAACCUGUUAUAAAAGUUAAAAGUGCGAUUCCUAGAAGACGACAAGAAUUGCUCAAAUGGUACGGAUGGGGCUACAAGGAUUCCUUUUUUGAGUUAUCAUACAAUAAAACAUUAUUCACAGGAAACAGAUACCUUAUAUCUGGAAAAAAAUUACCGCAUGCGAUACAAUGGAUACAGGAACAAUUCGACAUAGACCUUUCAAACAAGUCACAGAUUCCAGAUUUACCAACCUCGUUUCCAAAAAGUCGGUUACCCAAAAAUAUCGAAGAGGAAUUGGAAAAAAUAUCGUUAAUCAGCUUAGAUGGAAUGGAUAGACUGAUAAGGGCACAUGGACAAACUCUACAUGAUGUUUAUUAUUUAAGAAACAAUAGCUUUCCUAGGAUACCGGAUGCAGUGAUUUGGCCAACAAGCCACGAAGAGGUAGAAGAAAUAGUCCGAUGUGCUUCUAAGCACAAAUUUGUGAUAAUACCCUUCGGAGGAGGAACCUCAGUGUCUGGUGCUGUGACAUGUCCAGCGAACGAGAACAGACCUAUCGUGGUACUCGACACGAGUGAUAUGAACGCCAUUUUGUGGUUAGACAAGGACCAAUUACUUGCAAGAGUUCAGGCGGGUAUUGUAGGGCAGGAUUUAGAACGAGAAAUGCGCAGCCGAGGCUUCACAGUGGGCCACGAACCCGAUUCCUUUGAAUUCUCUACAUUAGGUGGUUGGGUAGCAACUAGAGCGAGUGGUAUGAAAAAGAAUACUUAUGGUAAUAUUGAAGAUCUUGUCGUCCAGACUAAGGUGGUAGCCCCACUUGGUGUGAUCGAGAAACGUUGUCGCGUUCCUAGAAUAUCCUGCGGACCGGAUUGGGAACACGUAGUUAUGGGAUCUGAAGGUUGUUUAGGAGUUGUUACUGAGGUAACGCUGAAAAUUCGUCCUUUGCCACCUGUAGUUCGUUAUGGUUCUUUAGUGUUCCCAGAUUGGGAAUCAGGGUUCUAUUUCGAGAGAGAAGUAGCAAGACAACGGUUACAGCCGUCUAGUAUACGACUUAUGGACAAUGAACAGUUUCGCUUCGGCCAUGCUCUUAAAAUUGAGCAAUCUUGGGGCGGAGUCGUAUUAGACAAAAUUAAGCGUUUCUACAUUACAAAAAUCAAAGGCUUCGAUCCACUAAAACUCUGUGUAGUCACUCUCCUCAUGGAAGGAACUGAAGAAAAAGUGGCCAACAGCGAGAAGAAACUAAAUAGUAUUGCCGCUCAGUACGGUGGUGUCCCGGGGGGUGCGAAGAAUGGUGAAAUUGGAUAUACUUUGACAUUUGUUAUUGCUUACCUUAGGGACCUAGCGCUCGAAUACAACAUCGUAGCGGAGUCAUUCGAGACGUCAGUGAGUUGGGAGCGCACGCUGGCGCUGUGUGAAAACACCAAGGCGUGCGUGCGCGCCGAGUGCGCCCGCCGUGGCAUCCGGCACUACUUCGUGUCCUGCCGCCUCACGCAGACAUACGACGCGGGAUGCUGUAUAUACUUCUACUUUGGGUUCAAGUCGACAAGUAUACAUGACGCCGUGCGCAUUUACGAAGAGAUCGAGGACGCCGCUCGAAAUGAGAUCAUCGCCUCGGGGGGUUCAAUAUCUCAUCACCAUGGCGUCGGUAAGCUCAGGAAAAAAUGGUACACGGAUACAGUGAGCGAGCCCGGGAAGCAAUUGCUGUUAGCCGCUAAGAAGGCUUUAGACCCGGACAAUAUCUUCGCGUUGGGUAACAUGGCCUUCGACCAGUACAAUACAGAAGUAAAGAGCAAAUUGUAAAAAAUAAUAAUAUAAAUAAUAAAUAAAUAAAACUUUUUUAUAGAAGUCAAAUAGUUUUAGGGUUGCAAGGUUUAAGGGAAUAAUUGAAUACGAUCGAAAAAGUAUUCUGGAAUUAUUAAUAAGACUUCAUCCUCCUUUUUCAAUUGUAGACAAAUCGAUAUAAAGGAAAAUAUGAUCAAAGUACUGUUAUUUUGGCCAUGUUUCUGUGACGCCAAAAAUGACAAGUUUUUAAGAACGUUUUAUGUUGUUAGGGACAACGGGAAUAACGGGAUUGUUACUGUGGAAAAAAUGAAUACUCAAAUUAUUUCUCUUACUCGAAAUCAAAGAUCCAAAAGAUAUUAAUAAAUAAUUUCGUUA